UUGGAUUCUUAUUGAGAUUUGUGUGCACUAUUUUUCACGUCUGACGCCGUUUGAGGAAUACACAUAAAGCAAAAUUAAUAAAGCAGUGUAACAGCAGCGAGCGGAAAACCAAACGAAAGGAGUUGUAAACGCAGCAUAAAAACAAAAGCUCUCGAUUUAGCCAUUUGAAUAGCAAAUUUAUGCAACUUGCAAACUUCUCUUUGAACUUUUGGAAUAUUUUCGAUUUUUGAAGCAUUUCUCUGCGUUCCUCACGGUCGCGCGCUCCAAGCACUCGUAGACGUCGUGGUUGCCGCUGUGUGCAUUGUAUGAAUUGAUGCGCACUCAACCUCAGCAACUCAAUACAAACAAAAACAACACAGCGUUGUAUUUUUCAGCUCAUUUUGUUCCGACUGCAAGCGGAGUCAGUCGGCGGUCGUGGUUGUAGUAGGCGACAACAGCAGCAGCAAUCGCACAGAGCGCGUCGUGGGCAAUAAAAGUGUGACUUCAGCAGCAACAACACACAGCAACAACAGCAGCAAGUUCAAAUAACCGAAAUAAAUAAGAGCAAAAGUAUUCACAUAAAAUUACAGAAAGUACAUUAAAAGUUUAGUAAAAGCUAAAGUGUAGUGCAGAAAAUACAGAAAAAAAACAAAAAAAAAAUACAACAAAUAAGCAAAAGGUAUAGUAACCAACAACAAAAGGUUGUUAAAAUUAAGAAAUCAGCGCAAGUAACUAACUUAAAAAGCGGAUAUCUCAAUAAAAUCACACACACACACAAAGCGCCCUCAACCUCCGCUAAAGAAAAGCUUGUAGCAGCCAUAUGUGUGUGUGAGUGUUGCAGUGAAAUUCGCUAGUGUGUUUGCAGCGAGCGAAAUUGAGUGAAGAAACGUAAAAAAAAACAUAGUAAAUCAUAGCAAAAUUACAACCGCAAAUACCGCAGCAAGAAGGUAACCAACAAUAAUAACAACUACAAAAAUAACAGCAACAACAAAUAUGGAAGACAAUAACACAAGUACGCCAAUGAAAACCGACGAAUCAGUCACAUUAACAAUAAGGCUGAUAAUGCAAGGCAAGGAAGUCGGCAGCAUUAUUGGCAAAAAGGGCGAGAUUGUGAACAGAUUUCGUGAGGAGUCUGGCGCAAAGAUCAACAUCUCGGACGGUUCAUGCCCGGAGCGCAUUGUCACUGUGUCGGGCACGACCAGCGCGAUCUUCUCGGCAUUCACGCUCAUCACAAAGAAGUUUGAAGAGUGGUGCUCACAGUUCAGUGAUGUUGGCAAGGUUGGCAAAACUCAAAUACCAAUACGUUUAAUUGUGCCCGCCAGUCAAUGUGGAUCGUUAAUUGGAAAAAGUGGUUCAAAAAUCAAGGAGAUACGUCAAUCCACUGGCUGUUCGAUUCAAGUUGCCAGCGAAAUGUUGCCAAAUUCAACAGAGCGUGCCGUUACUUUGAGCGGCACUGCCGAGCAAAUAACCCAAUGCAUCUAUCAGAUUUGUCUCGUUAUGCUGGAGUCACCACCAAGGGGCGCCACCAUACCGUAUCGGCCAAAACCGCAAGUAUCUGGACCAGUCAUUUUGGCAAACGGGCAAGCCUAUACCAUACAAGGCAACUAUGCUGUACCCGCACAAGAGGUGGCAAAGAAUCCAUUAGCUAGCUUGGCAGCGUUGGGUUUGGCUGGCAUAACACCCACCAAUACCGGUGGACUGAAUCCCACAGCAGCUUUGGCCGCCUUAGCCGGCUCGCAGCUACGUACAGCCAAUACAAGUCGUACACAACAACAACAGCAUGAAAUGACCGUCUCUAAUGACUUGAUCGGCUGCAUUAUCGGCAAGGGUGGCACAAAAAUUGCCGAAAUACGUCAAAUUUCCGGUGCAAUGAUACGCAUUUCGAAUUGUGAGGAACGCGAGGGCGGCAAUACCGAUCGUACAAUCACGAUUAGCGGCAAUCCAGAUUCGGUGGCAUUGGCUCAAUACUUAAUCAACAUGAGAAUAUCAAUGGAAACAGCUGGUCUGCCCAUACCCGGUUAUCACUACAUUGCACCGAAUGCAAUUGUCAAAACGCCAAUACAUUAAAUCGCCAAAUAAUGCAAAAACAAUAACAAACAAACACAACAACAACGUGAGAGGAACGUAAAAAUGCGUUUGCGCGCUCCAACAACUCCAACAAAGUAAAGCAAAACGCAUGAAGGGAGAUAAAAAUAAUUGCAGUUGGAGUGCAAAGAGAGAGCAUGAGAGUUGAAAAGUCAUUGUCAACAAAGAGGAGCUGUGCAAAAUAGAGCAAAGGCAAAGCGAGGAAUAAUUGCAAGAAUAGAGGCCGCCGCGCAGUUUAAUUUAUAAUAAAUAAAAGAACAACAACAAACACAGUAACAACAAAAAAUGGCAACCAAUAAGCAAUAAAUAAUAAGUAUAAAAAUAAAAAUAUUAAAAACAACUUUAGUUGAAGGGAGAUUGCAAGAAGAAACAAAAACAUAAGAAAAAAUUAAAACAAAUAUUUAAUUUAACAUUUUGUAUGUAGUAAAUAUGUCUGGUUUCACACACACACACAUGCCGUACUUGAAAUAAGCAAUGUAAAGUUUUCAAUGCAAAAAUGAGGUAUACGAAAACAAUAUUAAUACAUUUUUUUGUUGUACACAAAUUCAAUGUAAUUUUGUGCUGUUUUUCAUAUCAAGAAAAAUAAUGAAGUAGCAAAAUAGACUUACAUAUGUACUACUUGAGCACACACAUGCAUACAUACAUAUAAACACACAUAUACAAACAAACAAACUUUAGCACUUUGUAGUCGUAGUGAACGCCAAAAAACAGGAAAAAAGAGAGGUUUUAAAAUGCGCUUGGCGCGAAAUCUGUAAUAAUUAAAAAAAAGGUUAAUGAAAAAUCAUUUGAGCAUAAUAUGUAUGUAAUAAUACAGCAAACCGUUAAUAAUAUUUAAAAAAUUUAAUUUUACAUACAUAAUUUUUUGUUCUGAAGAACUAAGAUUUAAAAUAUUCACAUUCUAUGUAAUUUAUUGUUUUAGAAAACCAAUAUUUUGUGUAUCCAAAAUCAACGUCUAAAAGCAGUACAACAACACACACACAUGUGUUAUAAAUGCAUAUGUAAAGCAAAAAAAAAAACAACAAAAAAUUUAAUUUUUUUCGAAAACUGUGUAAUAUCACAUUCAUAGCGUAAAAGAAAUUGCUGCUGCUAAAAUAUCAUAUCUUCAUGGGACAAAUCUCUGCAUAUUCUACAAUAUAUUAUACAAACAACAAUAAAAACAACAAAUGCAGGCAAAAAAUAACCAAAAUGUGCAAAAUAUACACAAAUACAUACAUAUGAAUGCAAAGCAAAGGCAAUAACGGUAAAGAAAACGUAUCAUAAUUACUUAGACACACACGAGAUCAAACAAAUAAACACACAUAUUUCUAAUAUUAAGCUAUUUACUAAUUUACCACACAUUUUUCAAGCAAACUUACAUACAUACAUACACACAAAAAUAAAAUGCAAAUACAAUAAAAUAAAUACAAAGAAGAAGCGGCAGAAGCAUAGAAAAACAACGCUGCAACGUUCGUAGCGACAUCUAUGAACUAUAAACAUUUCAAAACCUAACAUAUCCGCUAAAAUAAAAAAGCAAAAACAAAAUGGAUGCGUGGCAAUAAAUAAAUAUAUAAAAUAAUGCAGGCAUAAAGCAAGAGGCGAAAAGAAGCAAAUGAAGUUAAUAAACAAAAAACAAAAAAUGUAGUUAAAGCAUAGUAAACAAUUAAUGAUAAUUAAAUAAGUAAAGCAACAUUAGUUGAAAUUGCAUACAUACAUACAAUACAUACAUAAAUUUAUGUUAUUACCCUAAAACACUAAUUAUUUUGCUUUUGUUGUAGUUUUGUGUACUUUGCGCCCUGUUCACUAGAUGUAACUAUUUUCUAAUUGUUGCCGCUUAAAUAAAUAAAUGUAAUGUUUCCAAAUUGUUAGUUAUACUCUAUACAUAUUUACACACUACUUUUUUGCUUCCUUUCGUUUUUGUUUAAAAAAAUUGAAGUGCUUAAUAUUGGGUCAAAAGUGGUUAGAUUUUCUAAAAAUUGUGAAAGCUGCGCGAACGUUGUCGAUUGAUUAAGGCGCCAAAAAAAGACUAAGCAACAUUUUUUCUGCGUAUUUUUAAUAUGUAGCAACGCUACUGCGCAAAUGAAGUCAUGCGUUUUUAAGAGCUUUCAUAUACAUAUGUAUGUAUGUAUCAGAAAAUAUUUUUUUCUUUUACACAAAUAAGCUUUUCUUAUGAGAUGACGUAUACUUCAAUGUAUACACAGAAUCGCUCCAAAUCAAAAAUUUCAUUGAAUCACAAGCUUCGCAAACGUCUGAGCUUUCGCUUUUUCACAAUUUCUCGCUGACAGAAAUUUCGAAACAGUUAAAAGUAACAUACAGCCGCAAACAGUUUAAAACUGGAUUUGCGUUAAGCUUUGAUUAUUGAAGCUUUCACUCGAUGAAAGCUCUUUGACAAUUUCUGAUAUCCGAAAUUUUUAAACAGUUGCAAGUAGCAUAGAUAGCGAGAAACCGCUUGAAAUUGUAUUUUUAACAUUUGAUGAAAGCUCCUUGACAAAGAGUUGUUAUAUAACAUCUGCAUCAUAACACUAAGGCAGUAGUAUAAACUGGGAUUAUGAAAGCUUGCAUUUGAUGAAAGCUCCUUUGACAAAAAAGUGAUUUGUUAUCUAAAAACUGUGUGAAAAGACUAGUGUACUGAAAUUUCGUCAGUUGACCCAAUAUUUAGCACAACUUUUUGUUUAAUCUUUUUUCGUUCUUUUAACUCUACAAUUUCAUAAUCUACUUACUCGUUUAGCAAAGAAAUCUCAUUUGUUUAAGAAAUAAAUAGCAAAGCUAUGCUUUUAAAAUAUUUUAAAAUACACAAAAUCUAACUAAUAUUAACGAAUAAUUUUAUUUUUUAAUUGUUUUAACUUUGCAAUUUAUUUUUACUGUUUUCUUUUUGCGUUUGACUUAGUUAACCAUUUAUUUUAUGCAUUUCUUGCAAUACUUUUUAUUUAUACAUGUUUCUCAAGUCAUAUUUGCGUAAAUUUUAAAUAAAAUUUAAAUAAAUCGAGCAGAAAAUAAAUAAAUAAAAAACAUUUACACAGAUUAGCCAAUGCUUAACAAGCUUCCAAAAUUACAUAGAAAUAUAAUUUAUUAACAUUAUUAUUAUUAUCAUAAUUAUAAUUAUACAUAAUAAUUAAGCAUUGUGGAAAAAACACGAGUUGCAUAAGUAGAUGAUGGAAGCAAAAUGCUAAAUGCGAAAUGCGCCAAAUAAACGGCAAAGACACAAAAGACUUUUUUUUAAUAAUUUUACUUUAUAUACAAAUUAUUUUAAAACAAAUUUUAUUUCAUUUAUUGAAAAAGCGAGGAAGAAAACAAAAAAAACAAUUAUUUAAACGUUUAUAACGUUUUAGUUUUAGUCAAAAAUUUUACGAUAUACAUACAUACAUAUAAAUUUAUUAUAAAUAUUUUUCGUUUUGGAAAAAUCAAAAUUUUAUUGGCAUAGAAAAUUGUUUGUAUUAGCAAUUAAUAAAUAUAUAUAUAUAUAUAUAUAUAUAUAAAUACAUACAUGUAGUUGCAUGUAUGUAUGUGUAAACAAUACAAUAUUAUUCAUUUAUAUUUUCGCAUGCGUCGACUUUUUGUUGCUGGAAUUUUCGAGCAUAUAUAGUUUACAUACAAUACAUACACAUAUAGAAUUCAUAUUUAAUAAUAUCUAAAUAAUAAUAAAAAGCGAAAAAUAUUCUCGUACUGCAAAUUUAAAAAAAAUAGUGGCGUCUUUUUCUUUUAGUUUUAAUAAUUUCUUACAAUUAUUUGUGUUAUAUUUUAUUCUUACAUUUGCCUAUUUGUGGAUGCGGGACAUGGACAUUAUUAAAAUUAUAUUAUCAAAAAGAAAUAUAUACAUAAAUGUAUUAGUUUGAGUUUUAGUGCGAAUAAAGCCGGUGAGUGGAAGUUUAACUUCGGAAACAAGUCUUACAGCAUAACUGAGAUGUACAUAUACUAGCAUGUGGAAAUAUGAGAACUUGCUAAGAACCAUAGACUUCAAAACACAAUUGAUUUAAUAUUGACAAUUUUCUCAAGUUAUGGUGGCCAGAUUGGCGCAAAAUGAUAUUUUCUGGGCAAAAAGAAUUACAUCAGUAUUCUACAACUUAGCGCUGAUUUUAUAACAGUAUUACUUUGGUUAGUUAGUGAGAUUAAUGAUAAUUUUCUCUCCUAAAAAUAAUAUUUCAACUGCACUCACCGAAAAAAUACCGACUUUAAGCGAUUUUUUGAACUCUAUGACGCUCCAAAGGCACUACCAGUUACACAAUGAACUUAAUAGGCGUUAGUCGUAACGGUAUAUUUUCUAAUACCACUUUCUAGCUAUGAAAUUUCGUAUAAAAAAUCUACGUUAUUUAGGCAGUUUCAGCAAUAUAUAGCCAUAAGUAAAAAUAAAGAAAGCAAGUUAAAUUUUCAAGUAAGUAUUAAAGGCCCCCCUGUUGUCGUCCCUUUCACAUUUUUAAUGUGCGUAUUUUUUAUUUUUUCAAAAUGUAAUUUUAUAAUUUUUUUUUUUUAUUCAAAAUAUUCUUCCUACAAAAAUAUAAUUACACACUUUUAUUUAGCCCUACACAUAACUACAUCUAAUUUAUCAUUAAUUUUUUAAAACCAAAAUAUAUAACCAUUUGUUAACCCAAACAUAUCUUUGAACAUAUUACAUACAUAUGUAUAAAAUAAAUUAUCAGACAUAUUAAAUACAUACAUAUGAAAAUAUUGUGCAAUAAAUGCAUAUUUAAGUGAAACAUAUCGCAAAUACAUAAGUGAAAGAAUUAUACAUACAUACAAACAUAAUUUACGCAAAACAUGCAAACAAGUACAUACUAUAAAUUGAAAAAUAGUGCUAUAACCUAAAAUACUAUAUAACAUACAAGCACAAAUACCAAACAUAAAAACUAUUAAAAAUGAAAACACCAAAUAAAUUUUCAACGCAUAUACAGUGCGACAAACAUACAAAACAGGACAUUCAGGUUGCUCUCGAGCAAAAGUUGAUUACCAUAAAAUAUAACUAAUACAUAAAAUACAUAGAAGCGAUGAAUGGCAAAAAGGCAGGCGGAAAAUGUGGAAAAUACCUAGAAGAAUAUGGAUCAAGGAAGCAGUAGUUAUGAUAUUGCAACACUGAGUUGCUAUAUUAAAUAUUAUUUAUUGAAAAGAUCAUUGAAAAGUACUAUAAAUGUAUAGAUCACUCCAUUCAAAUUUUACAUUCAAGCGUUUUUUUCGUACAAAAUAUUUUUUUUUUUGCAAAUGCAAAAUAUGAUUAUUUCUAACAUUUUUACACACAAUUGCGACUAGUUUCUGGACUAUACGUUUAAUGGAUGUUUAAUGAAAAUAUUUAGCAUAUAGAAGUAGCUACAAAAAUGCAUAGAAAAGCAAUUUUAUCCACAGCCUAUUUAUGCACAACGUUAACACAAACUUCAUAGUAGACCACAUACAAAGGAAAGUACAGCGCAGCUAUUUGUCUUAUACAUAGUAGUUCACCAUAUGCUUAAGCAAAGAAGGCAUAAUGGGCACGCGGAUGAACGCGUUUAGCAAUACAACGUCGUCGGAAGAAGACAUUUCUGCGCACAAAGCGAAAUAAGGGAAGCGUGUGUGUUUUCUUUUUCUUCAAAACCAAAAAGAAAAUUAAUAAACUGAUAAAAUGUAAACCAACAACAAUCACUUUAAGCAUUCAAAAACAAAAAAAAAGAUAAAAUUUAUGAAAUAUGGACGAGAAAUUAUUGUACUAAAUAUUAAAAAAAAUUUAAAUUAUAUUAAAUGAAGUAAUAAAUUAAAACCAAAUAGUAAAUAAAUAUUAUUGGCAAAAAGGAAUUGAGCAUACAAAAAUAUUAUUAAAAAUAACAAAAAAAAUUAUAUAAAUAUAUGAAUGAAUUUGUAGCGAUAUUUUUUUUUUCUAAAUGUAAAAGAAAUAUUAAAUGAAAUUAAAACAGUUUUUUAGCGCUUAAGCUUUACUAGUAUUUAUAUAUUAAACACGUAAUUUACACAUUAUACAGAUCGAAGAGAUCUGAGAAUUAAAUGUGUGGCAAAAAUAGGAAAGUAAAAAUUAAAUUUACAAGCAAUUUGUCUUAAUGAUUCGUGUGUGUUGGCGGCAGACGAAGAUACACAAAAAUAUACACACCGACACAAAAAAUUGGAAAGUAUUACAUAUGAAAGGUGUUUAAAACCGUAAUUGUACUUUUUAAUGUAUAGUAUACUAUGUGUGUAAAUGAAUUUUCUCACUGAGCGAAAUAACUCUACAGCAACACUAACACAGUUUUUCAUUUGAUAAAACAAAACGAUAGCAGCUAGUAAAAUUGUGCAGAGUUUUUUGUUCUAGAUUUUGAAGAGCUUUAACUAGAAUUCUGCUGAUUUUGCUUACUUAAGAGCAUGCUUAACCUCACAUUUAUAUACGUUUUUCAUAAUCAAAGUGAUUACUUUAGUCAACAAUUAAAUUUUUUUAAGAAAGAAUUUUCAUAAUUUUUUAACGCGUAUGUCUUCAAUAAUUAAAAAUAGAGAGCAGUAAAAAGAGAGAGUUUCAGAAACCUAACAACCAAAACGAUUUUGCCGCCAAGAGCUUUUUCUGAAAGCCAUACAUUCUUUAUUACUGCACUCUCUCUCCAUUAAUAGUUUCAAGUGCCGUUCAUUUUGAAGGAGUUUUCAAAGAUAUUUCCUUGCAUUCUCUUCAACUACUUUACUCAGACAUUACUCUUAUCAACAUUCAAAUCAGUUGAUAUUUUAGUAUAAUUAAAUUAAAGCUCUAGCUUCGCAAAGAGAAAUUUUCUGUGAAAAAAUAACUAAUCAUGAUAAAAAACGGAGUGAGGUGCGUGAGUUUUACAGAAAAAAAAACGAUUGUAAUAGUGUGUAAUGAGACGGCCAGACAGAGAAGAAGAGAGAUAGGAGGUAAAGCGAGAGCAAGUGUAUGAGAGAGAGAUAGAGCGAGCUUUAGAUUUUGCAAAAACAAAAUGACAACCAGACAGAAAAGAGAGAGAGAUAUUAGAUAAAACGAGAGUAAGAGUGCGAGAGAGAGUGUAUGACAGCCAGGCAGAGAAUAGAAAGAGGUGGGAGAUAAAGGAAGGGUAAACGUGAGAGAGAGAGAGAGAGCGAGUUGUCUCUCUGACAGCCAGACAGCGAAGAGAGAGAUAUAAAGGUUAAAGUGUGAGAGGGCGAGAGCGGGAGCGAGAGCAAGAGUAUGUGCAGUAUUUUAAUAUACUUGAGGAAAUAAUUUCGGAAACUAUUUACAGAUGAUGUUAAUUACUUUUGAUGAGAUAAUUACACAAGAAAUCAUUUCAGUAUACGCACUAAUUAUAUAAUCUAUAUAAAUAGGUUAGAAGGUAUAAAUUAAUCACGAAAUUACUCUCACUUUUCCUUUUGUUGAUUUUUUUAAACAAAAAUAUAUACAGACAAUAUUUAAAAAUUGAUUUUAGUUAAAAAAGAGACUCUGUACAGAUAUUUCAAAUAUACAAACACUGGAAAAUAAUAAAUGUUCUGCACACUAAAUGAUGUAUGAUUACACCAUUACAAACUCUUCUAUGUGCCAAUUUUAAGACAAAAAAAAAUAAUAGCCACACAAUUUUUAGGUAUUUUUGCCAACCAAUUUAAUUAAAAGAACUUAUUACUAUUCAAUAUCAAAUACAUACACAUAUAAAUUCAUGAAGUAAAAAGCUUUAUCUACGCUGAACUGAAAAAGACCUUUUUAUGCUGAAUUCGAAAACAGGAUACAGUCAUAUUUUUCAAGCAUUGAAUUUUCUAGAGGAAAUUAAAAUGUGGUAAUUAACAACAAAAAAAAAUUAAGAUAAGGUAUAUAAAUUGAUGUGACUUCAAUGUUAAAAUGGGUAUAAGCAAAACAAAAAAGAAACACUACCACAACAACAAACAAAACUUAUGAACUUACAACACUUGAUUACAGGAAGAAAAUGUUUAAAUUUAUUACUGCUAAAUACUUACUGAAUAUAAACCAUACACCAACACAAACACACAAACUAAUAAGUGUCAAAAUAAGUAAAAAGUAUUAAAAAAAAUAUUAGCAUGUAACUAGUAUUUUGCGAAUAUAAAAGUGCAGCAAGUGGUAAUACAAUUGGGUUCGGUUCUAGACCCACAAAAGUAUUAUCAAAACUUAUUUAAACAAAUUUAAAUGAAAAAUAAACAAAUUAUUUAACUGUAGCAAAAGCGCAAAGCGAAAGCUAUAAAUCAGUAGGAGACUACAGGAAAGCAUAUUGAAAAAAAUUUACACACAAUUUUUUUCGCAGUGUAAGAAGGGUUUUUAUGCGAACCAUUUAAAAAAAAUAUAUAAAAUAAAUAAGAAGUACACACUUACAUACAUGCAUAUAUAUACACUUGCAUGCGCAUAUAUGUAUAUAAAUUUAUUAUAUAUAAUAACAUAUGUAUAUACUAAGGCAGCAAAUUGUAGGCGAAGAAACAACAAAACCAACCAACCAACAAAGGGGGCGAAACUAUUUCGUGAUUUAAAUGACAAAUAUUUCGCUUUCGACGACAAACCAACUUCAAAGCAAUCAUUUUUGAAGAAAUAAAUAAAAAAAUAUUGUAUUGAAUCUUAAAAAAUAUAUUAUUACAAUUAUAUCACAAAUAUUUAGUGAAUUUUUUUAAGAAUGUACUGUAAGAAAAGUUAAACAAAAAACAACAAAAUAAAUAAAUAUUGCAGCGAAAAUAAUAUCGCUUUAAACCAAAACUCAAAAGUCACAAGCUUAAUUUAAAGUAACUGCAUUGAAACUGAGAAUACUGAUGAGCUGAAUGCGCAAAGCAAAAUGCUGAAGGAUUUGAAAAUCUUAAUGUGCGCCGAAAAGUGUCUUUAGUAAAGACGCAUGACAUAAAGAUGCAUGUAAGCAGCCAGAAGAGUGUGGCAUAUACUGACAAAAGUGCUGAAUUGCAAUAGGAGUUGUCUAAUAAGCUGAAUUGAAGCGCUUAAUAUGGCGAAUUGUUUUUCAAUGCUGAGCUGUAUGAAAAUAUGUUGCUGAAUUGCAUUCAGAGUUGCUGAAUUGCAGUUAGAAUUGCUAAAUUGUAGAGAGGGUUGCUGAAUUACAGUACUAAUUGAGCUAAACGUAGCGCCGACAAGUUGGAAUUAAAAGUAUACAACUUUUCUUAACAGUAGUCCUGAACAGGAUGAAUCACUUAGCUACCAGUAAAUUUAGUAGUAGAAUUUCAAGUAAAAUAGCUGCAUGUGUUGCUUACAUAUCAGCUGAAUUACUCAAAGCAUGUUGAGAAUAACUUUUGAUAAAAUUGUGAAUUACGUGCCAACAUAACGCAUUUAAAUAUUAUAAUAUAAUAAAUGAACUAGUUUUGCAUGAUGAUUUAGCUGGAUACGCAACAUAUAAUUUGUAUACAUAUGCAGUCCUAAUAAAGGUCUACAAUAUUAGCAAAACUAUGGCUGAAUUCAGCGCAAAAUUUCCAAAUAUGAUUGGAGCGUGAUCACAAGAACAGUUUUUUGAUAUUUGACUUUGGCUGAAUACAUUUUUCAACAGCUGAAUGCAACUUAGAGCAGCUUUUUGAUAUUUGGCUGUGGCUAAAUAUAUUUUUCAGCAGCUGAAUGCAACUUAGAGCAGCAAAAAGGCCUCUGACAUGCUUCUAGACACUCAAAUGUAAGAAAUUAAAGCAGUUGGCUAAUAAAAUUUGAGAAAUGCGCUGAAUAGACGAAGUACAAGCUGAAUAUGACGAAUUUAAGCUUAUAUACAAUGGUGAUGUAGAUUGUGAUGCGCACAACAAUCAGUGGCAUGCUAAAGUGUGAUGUUUUUAAAUACAUAAAUGUUAUGUGCCACAGUUGAGGGUUACUAAUGACUGAAGCAGCACCAAUUAACAACCAAAUACAUACAAAAAUAUAAUAAAAAUAGAAUGAAACAAACAGGCCGACAAAAUGAUAUAGAAAAGUAGCCGAUUGAAGAAAAAUUACAAAUAGAUUUGUUGCACUACAUACACUUAAAACAGACAACAACAAUACUACCAAAAUAUAACAACAAAAGACAAAAAAACAACCGAAACGGUAACUGCAACAAAAAAAAGGGAUAAACACUACUAAAAUUGCAAUAAUAUGGGAGACAUAUACAUAUGUACUAUAUAUAUACAAAUGUUUAGCCGAGUGGUUAGUUAAUUUAGCACAAAUUAAAGCGAUAACAACAAUUAGCAAUAUAAGUUGAGGGGUAAGUUGAAACCGAAAAAUGCAACAGUUUAACGACCGCCGGAGCUACAAGUAUUAGCUUGAUUUGCGAUAAUUUCAGGUACUUGAUUUAAAUGAAAUUUUUUGUUAAAUAUUAAUGUUUUUGUUUUUGUAAUUUAGUGAUUCUUACUGUUUUUAUUAACAUAUAGUGUUCAAGGUAGAAGCGAAUGCAGUCGAUGAAAGGAUAACGUUGACAAUGACAAUGGACUAUGAUUAUGAUAAUGACUUUGACUAUUGAUAAUAAUAUUGAGGGGGAAUGAAGUUGUUGCUAGCUAACGUGUUUACGUUAUUUUAUUAUGAUGCUGUUGGGAAUAUUGUACAUUCGCCAAAAUAUAAUGGAAAAUACGUGUAAAGAAAGCAAUUGUAAUGGUGCCUUAAUUACAAAGUGUUUAAUUUCCUAAAUUUAAAUAUGUAAAAAUAAAUCAAUAAUGAUGAUUAUGUAAUAAUGUAUAAACAAUUGAUUCCAAUAGUCGAAAUAUGAAAGGCUUCUUCUACUUACUGUGAAUUUCCCUAACGAACAUACAAGCAUAUGUAUGUGUAUAAAUACAAAAAUAUUAACAAAAAAUGUAUUUAAAAGUUUCUCCAAAAAUAAACUAAAGCCCAACAACUACGCCAAAAUGGGUGAAAAGCUAAAACAAAAAUUCCGCUGAUUUGCUGUGAUGCCUAAAAGAAAGUGCCGAAGUGACACGAAAUUGAGAGCAAAAAACACAAAGGCCAGCAAUCAGACAUUCCACAACUGUAUCUAAGAAACAUUCUCCAAAAAGAAAAUGCGUAACUCUUAAAAUUUCCGCUUUGUGUGCCCCCUUAUGCGCCACCACCAAUGUUGUUAUCCCUUAAGAAAAAAAAAAAAAAACACAAAAGCAAACCAAACAGUACUACAAAUUGCGGUCCAUAUGUCAACCAAUGUCAAACCAAGGGCAAAUGAAAGCAAAACCUCGAAAAAACCGUACAACAAUUAAAGCACACACAUACUAAAUGUAAGGCCCAGCCAAGUUAAUAACCAUGAAAACCGUAUACCAAUCAUACAGCUGGCAUAAUGAUGAAAUAUAUGAAAAUAACGGAUAUCCAAUGAUAUUUACAACACAGCAAAGACAACAAAUCCAAUCCAAACAACAAAAUAUGUGCAAUAAAUAAUUUAAAAAAUAUAUAUGCAUAUAACUAUUUCGAUACAAAACCACACGCGUUUACCCUAACGAUUGAAAAAAGCAAUGCAGGCAGCGCUGUCAACGAGUUGAACGAUAACGAAGCGAAGGCAGGGAUCUAGCUAUUGUUUACGAGCAUCACACUUGCUUAAUUGUAGAUCGCUUAUGAUAGAAAGCUAAAAGUAGGAAACACAAAUUUUGUAUGAGUGCAGAUGGUUCUAGCCAUUAGAAAGUUUAAAACAGCGACAGGAUUGUUUAAAAUCCGAGGUCUGGUUAUAGAGUCUGAGAUCUAGUUAAGGAGUCCAAGCAUAGAUGUUUUCGCAACGCGGUCACACUUUUAAAUACUUCUACAAUAAAGAUGAUCCGAUAAAAAACUACACCAGUUAGAUAGAGUUUGAGGUUUUCGGAACCUUGUAUUUAUAGAAAAGAAAAUUCACGGAAGAGCCUCGUUUAUACGACAAAUAAGAAGAAGAAUUCGAAAGAACAACAGACAAAGAUAUUUUUUCAAUGAGCGUUAAAUGCGUCUAAAAAAGUGACGUGAACUUUUUCUCAUACUUUUAUGAGCUCACUAUAAAGAUGAGCUUUGUUUUCGAUUUAUCGAUAUUUUUUCAAUGGCUUGGCAGUAAGCAUCCCAUCAUGAUAUGAGUCUAAAAACGCGAUAGGAAUUUUUUUAAUGGCAAAAAAUGUAUGGAAAACUCGGCAAUAUCAUUAUUUUGCUCUCUAUAAGCUCGCUGUAAUGGCUGACACCUUUCCAUGAUAUUGAUACUUUUUGAUCGUCAGUUAAUAAGGUUAUCACUGCUUGAGUCCAUCAAAAGCGGGUUACUACUUUCGCAAGCCUUUACUUAAUAUUUUAAUAGCUAUAGUAUAACGGAGUAUCGUUACCGCUCGUCUGACAGCCGCCGCUUUCUCUUUACACUGACCAACAACCACUGUAGUUAAAUGCAAGUCAAAAUAUUUACAAAAAGAAACGUAAACAGUUAUAUGUAUAUAUGAAAGUAAAUAUUAAGCGAUAAUUGAAAUCGAACAAAGGUUAAGAAAAUAUGCAUACAUAUAUACAAAUUAAAUUUAUUAAAUUCAAUUGUUUGUAGCAUAGAUUUUUUUCAGUUAUUGUAGUAAUGCAUUCAGAAGUCUGUAGUUGUACUUAGAAAUAUUAAGAGAAUUACCAAAAUUACAACAAACAAAUUGUUGAGUAAAAUCGAAACAAAAUGUAUUAAAUUAUUGCAACCAAUAAUUAGCUUAAAGUAAAUUUUUUUCGCAAAAAAUUAACACCAUGUGACUUGCAACAAAUUUUUGAAUGUUUUUUCGCGUAAAAUGAUUUUUAAGUAUCUCAAUGUAUAGAAAACCACACAUUAUUCAAUAAAUAUUGCAAAAAAAUAUAUAUUGUAUGUUUACAUAUUAUACAUACAUAUGUGUGCGUGUAUUUGUCAGACACGUUUUGAAUUUCAAAAAUUGCAAGCCCAUUCAAAAACACACACAUAUUUACUUACAUAUCCCGCACACGCCCCCAAACCGCCACACCCACGACUUUUAUGUGUAUUUGUACAAAGCAAUUUACAGAUUACAGAAGCAUUAGUAUUUAUGAAAAAAUAUUGCAUUAUAAGCAAAUAAAUGAUUAGCUCAUAAGGUGUAAGCUUAGUUUUUAGGUACAUCACAGGAUUGACAAUUUGCGAGUAUUAAGCGACAAACAAAAAAUACUGUUAAAGUUUAUUUACAUAAAGAAUGAAUAAUAUGUAGGAAAACUAAAUGAAAAAUAAAGUGAAAAAAAAAGAAAAUGAAUUGUGUAUACAUAUUACGCAUAAGCCAGUAAAUAAAAAAAUGUAUCUACAAUAUAAGGUAUUUUAGAUAUUCUUAUUUAAUAUCCGCAAACAAAAAACAUGAACAUUUAAUAGGUUAAAAAUGAAAUGAAAGAAUUUAAAACACAAAAAAUAGUUGGAAAACUGCAAAACAAAUAUGAGCUGCUGCGAAGUAAAGUUCGACAACUGAAAAUACAUGAAUACCUACAUAAGCAAAUUGAAGAAAAGAAAGUGUUGAAUGCUUUAAAGGUCGAGUAGUUGGCAUUAAUGACUACAGUUGGUAGUAGAACACAUAAAGUUAGGGUUUCAAUGACGCCAGCGAGAUGGUUUAUGCUAUCGAGCUUCUCAGCGCUGUGAAUACGCAACAUUUUAUGUUUUCAGCUAUUCAGCGCUGCAAAUAAGCAAUAUUUUAUGCAUUCAGUUAUUCGGCGGACAAAUAAACGCUUUUUCUUAAGACAUUUAUAACCCGACAUUGCAAAAUUUUAUGUUUUCAGCUAUGCAGCGCUACAAAUAAGCUAUUUUUUAUUAGAUAAUUUAUACCUCGAGUUGAAUCAGGUAGUUUAACAGCAAUUCAGGGCGCUAAAAAGUAAUCAAUGCCGUACAUAAGUGGUAGUAAUGCUUAGUGCAUCAAUCAGCAAACUAGCUGAAUGUAAUCUUAUGCUAAAAUGAAAAGUCUUAAUAGAAAAUUUUUUUGGUAUUUAUCUAAUAUUUAAUUUCUAUAUUUACAAUUAUUCAAUCGUUUUUAACUAGUUGCGGGCUAUCUUCCAACAAAAUAUGUUGACUAUUUAGUCGUCAUUCACUUCAAUUGAAAUUCAGUGCACACAAUGAUGGAGUAACCAAUUAUUUUAUUAACGCUAUAUCGAAUUUUACUCUCAUUCAAUCGUUUUUAAGUGGUUUUGGGCUAUUCAGCUUGCUUGAAACCUUAUUCAGCGCCUUAAUAUGUAGCUUCCAACAAAAUAUGUUCACCAAUUAGUUGAAAUCUAACCAAACCACACAACUUGGCUCAAUCUGAACCAUUUUCAGCACACGUAAAUGUAUUUUUCAAGGUUAAGUAAUAAUAUGCAAUAUUCAUAGAUAUCAAAAUAAUAUAAAAAAUACUAUUUUCUAGUGUCUAAAUAUAACUAGACCGAAUCUAUAAUCAAUUCAGCGCGCUGAGUUUUCGCUGAAUGUCUCAAAAUAUUUUGAGCUAAUUUCAUAUAUUUCAAAAAUUUUCAAUCAAUCAAGGUUUUUAGUUACAGCCGUCAGCGCGUUCUACAUAGAAACCCCAACUGACAGACAAAAAAUGAGGGCUAUUUGCCCGCGAUAUGAACAAGAACUGCAAACAAAUACAUACAUACAAUAUAUCGUAAACACAAAUAACAACAAAAAUACGACUUUCGAAAUAGAUAUGGUUUCUUAAUGAUGAAAAACAAAAAACAUAAAUAAAUGCAUACAUACACACUUACAAGUAAAUAUACAUACGUAUAAACUUACAAAAAAAGUAAUUAAAACAUUGCAACAAAAACAACAAAUAUUUAUAUUAAAAACUUAUAAAUAUGUACGAGUAAAAUGUGAGAUUUUCAAAACCAAAAACAAAAAAAAAUAUUGUUCAAUAUUUAAGGCAAAUUAAUUUAAGCAGAACGGUUGCAAAUUGAUUGAAAAAUAAUAGUGAGAAAAACAAAGAAUACAUAUUUUAAAUUGAAACAUAUUUACAAUAAUGAAUAAAACAAAAAAUGGAAAAUGGUUAAGACAAUAUUGUUUGUAAAUAUUAUAUUAAAAACUGAAAAUUAAAUAAUAUAAAUUAUUAGUAUAAAAAAGAAAAACAAAAUAUAAAAGCGCUAAGCCAGAGUUACAGUGGGCAAUUUCAGCUGUUUGUUAAGCGUGAAGCAAAAAGAAAGCAAAAGCUAUCUUAUAUAUGUAUGAGUUCAAUGUUUGCUUGUGUUACAUAGUUCUAAUAUUUUUAAUAAAAAAUUGUUAGUUAAUCGCUUACUUACAUAUAUGAAUAUGUUAGUAAAAAUAUUGCCACAAAAAGUUUUAUUUAAAUUUAAUUAAAUUAUUUUUAAAUAAUUUGAGGUUACUAUUUAAAAUAUUCACUGCUGUUCUGCAAAUUUUUAAAUAAUCAGUAGAAAUCCCCAAAAUUAUUUUAUGUAAAAAGGAAGGACCCUUUAAUAUUAGUUGAUAAUACCGAGACUUAACUAGAAGCUCAUUUUUUAGCUGGCCUCUAAACCGUUGAAGACAAUGUUACAUUAAUCUAUUAAGGGCCAUACUUAGUGCGACAGCCUAAAAAGACACAUACUUUAUCAAUGUUUCGAAUUUUUUUCACAAUUUGAAUGAUUUAAACUUUUGAUAUUGUUAUUUAAUUUCACACUACGUGUGCCCCUUAACAAACUUUAUACAAAAUUAAACAAGCUUUUAAGCUAUACACAGAGUUUCUUUGGGAGACUUAUAAUAAAUACGAAUAAUGGGCUAUAAGAGUAAAACAAUUUAAUUAUUUUGGAGGAUCUGAGGAGGAAGAUCUAUGCAACUCUUGGGGUCGAUACCUUCUUUGAUCAACUUCUUACAAAGAAACCUAUUUUCUAUUGAAUAAGGGUCGCCUCUCACCACACCACUGAAUCUACAUUAUUUUUGCACUAAAAAGGCACUUAAGUAUGCUUAACAAAGAGCAGUCGUCAUAAAAUAAGAAGCUCUUUCCAUUUGUAUGAAAACAAAUCACAAAGAAGAGGGAGUCAGCCUAAUUUCAAGCAGAGCUUAAAGCACAUAUUGGAAGCUUUCUAAUUACUUUGAAUUCUGGAAAUAUCAUUUAAAAGAAUAUGUGCCAAAAGAACAUCAGAAAAUAAAUUUAAAUUUACUAAAGCAAAAUAAUGGAAAUACAAGUUAGGUGGCAAUAUUUUAGGCAAUAUUUCUAUUUCUGUAGAAAAGUGCUUUACAAAUAUUAGAGUGAACAAACCGAAAUGGCUGCAGCUACGUAUUGUAAAGAAAGUAGUGAAAGCGAUUUUAGCGCAAAGGGUAAUGAUUUGAUUGGCUUUAAUUUAUCACUGAAAUUAUAUGUAAAAAAAAAUUAAAAAUCUAAAUGGCAUGUAGGCACCAUUUUAAAAAUCUUAUAUAUAUACAUAGCAAUAAAAGUUAAAUACAGUAUACAAGUCUAUACAACUUGGAGAAAAUGAUGAACAAACACAUACACAAACAAAUUUAACGCUGUAAUGUGUAGCGGGUAUAAAAACGCAAAAAAAAUUGAAAAUUUAGUUGAAAAAUUUAGUGAGCGUCAAAUAGUAUUAAAGUAGACGAAAAAAUUGCAAACAAAUAUAAAUAUCAAAAAACAAAUGUAACACUUUGGUAACAACAACAAAACAAAGGAAUUUCACGAAUUUCACUUAACAGCAAUUUAGAUAAAUGAAAAAAGUAAGAAAACGCGCAUAUUAAAAAAAAAAUUUAAACAAAAAAUAAAAAAUAUGAGAAAAAAUAUUAAUUAAGAAGUGCAUAAAAAAGCGUUUGAAAAAUAAAUUAAAUAAAGUGUGAAGUAAAACAAAAAGGUUUAGUAAGGCAAUAAAAGCUAUUUGCGAACAGGUGGCAACACACUGUGACUAGUUGUACGACCACCAAAAGCGUUUACUGCUUCAUUUAUUUUCUAUUAAUUCGACAUGUAUACCUUUCACACAAUUUUAAUAAAAAAAAAAACAAUUACAACAACAGCACUUUAUUAUUAAACUAUAUACAUACAUACAUAUUUACUUAACAAAAAGGGAGCUGAUGGAAAUAGACAUGAAAGAAGUUAAAGGCAUAAUAAAAAAAAAAAAAAUAUUGGAAACUGUACCAACACGAAUUGUAACUGCUGCAAUGAGCUUAAUUAACAAUUUUUGAAUACAACAAAAACAACCAACAAAAUAGCAAAAAAAUACAUACAUACAUACUUAUACUACAAAUUAUUGCAUAUUGUACCGACGAUAGUGUGUGAAAGUAAAAGCAAUCGUAUUUAAUAUUAUAUAUAUUACAACAAAUAAUUAUUAUAUACCGCAACAAGUAUUCGUUAAAAUUAAGAAUUCAAAAUUAGGUUUUUAUGCUGCGUGAGACUGUAUAACUUUUCUUUUUGUUACGCAACUCAAAAAAUAAAAUAAAUAAUUAAAUAGAAAUUACAAAAGUAUUAAAGCAAGCCUAAGUAAUAAUUCAAAAGUUAAUAUUUAUAUUUAACAAAAAUAUUUAGCAAUAGGUGCGAAGGCAAGCGCGUGAAAUAUGAAACAAAAAAUGUAGAAAAAUUAUUUAAAAUUAUAUUUGCAUUAGAAUCGGAUGAGCGAUGCGUAGAUAUUUUGUGCCAAAGCAAGUUAUGUCUUUUUAAUGUAAUUAUUUUUAGCUAAAUUUUUUCAUACAAAAUGAGGCAAAUGUCAUAUUAUAAGUGCACAUACAUACACAAACACACAUGUAAGCGUACAGAUCAAAGUGUCUACACAAAAUCAGAAACACCUACUCUUAUUCUUACACAUAAUAGUAAACAGGCAUACAGAUACCGGCACUGUUUAAAAAUAUUAGAAUUUCUAUUAAUUGAAUUUUUUAUAAUAAAAAAUUAAUAUUUUUUCAUUAAAAUUAUUAAUACUUUAUUAUAAUAAACAAAUAUUAGUUUUUUGUACACAGAUUAUUGUAUGAUUUAAAAACAAAAUAUAUUAAAAAAUAUUUUUAAAAAACAUUUUUAAAAAAAUUAUCAAUAUUAAAAAAAACAAUUACUGAAUAAAAAUUAUUAAAAAUGUUCUUAAAUAUUUUUUUUUAUAUGAAUACAUUUUUUUAAAAUAAAAGUAAAUAAAUCAUAACUUCGUUUUUUGUUUAAUAUUAACAAUUUUUUUUUAAUAAAGAUUAAAAAAUAUUUUCUUUGUAAAAUUAAUACGUGUCUAAACAUUUUGUUUAAUUAUUAAAGUUCUUACUUUUUUAAUUACAAACUGGCAAUUUUAUGCUUACAUACAAACAUAUGUCUUUAUUAGCAGAAUUACCAUAGGUUUAGUAUAAUUGCAACUAAAUUUAUUAAAAUUUAUAGUAAAUAUAGUCAAAAAUUAUUUCUGAGCAUUAAAAAAAAUCAUAAAAAGUUGGUAGUCAAGGAAAACAUAUACAAUGUAAAUUGAAAAAUAUUUCCAAAAAUUUUUUUUACAAAAUUAUUAUUAUAAUGUUAAAAAUUAGAUUAAACUUAUUUUCAAAAAAACAUUUGACGAAUUUAUUAUUAAAAUUAUUAAAAAUUAAUUUAAAGUUAUUUCAAAAAAAAUUAUAAUAUAUACAAUAUUUUUUAAUUUUAAAUAUUAUUAGUAAAUAAAAUUAAUUGUGAAAAUUUUAAAUAAUAUAAAAAAUUUACAUAUUUUUUCGUUCAAAAUUAUUUAAAAUAAAGCAAUACAUUUGUUAAUGAUUUAUAAAUACGAUUGUAGUAUAUGCAUAUGUAUGUAGUAUAUAAUUAUAAUUUUCAAUUACUUUAAUAAAAUGACAAUUUUUUUAUUCAAAAACAAUUAUUUAAGUUGCAUAGACCGGUUUUAGAAUUACAAAAAAAAUUGUUUAUUGUUAAAUUAAUUAAUUAAACAAUUUUUUUUAAUUUAAAAUUCGUCCUUUUUACAAUUAAAAAGUGAUUUUUUCAUAAAAAAUAAUUUUUAAAAGACACUACCACAAUAAUUCACACAUAACCUAAAACACACGCAUAUAAACAAAUCACCAUGAAACGCCUUUAUUUAAUUAAUUACUGCAAAUAUGUGUUUGCUUCAAGUUGUAAUCAAAUAUUUACAUACAGUUAAAAUGCAAUAAAUUUUACAUAUACGCGUAUAUACAUACAUACAUAUACAUCAAUAAAAAAUAUUUUAAAGCAUAUAAUGCGUUGGCAUAUGCAUACAUACAUACAUAUUUAUACCAUAUAAAAAAUUCAUAACUUACAUGCAUUUUAUAUAAUACAUACAUACAUAUAUUAAUUUUACUUAUACAAUACAUAGACCUAACCUCAAUGCGAAGGAAGGAUAACAAUAAUUAUAAGAACAAGCAGACAGCAAAAACAAAAACAAAAGAAAACGAGAAGAAAUAGAAGAAGUGAAGUAUAAAAGUGAAUUCAUAACUUACAA